CACAGGAGCUCGGGCCUCAGACUUCUGAAACAAUCUCCAUGGACUGGAAGAUUCCCCAAGCCCAACCUUUUCUGUAUCAUAGCAUUGCCAGCCAAAUUCAGAGCUGAACAGCUGCUUAUAUUUUAUGGUGAAGCACCCUUUGUGCCUUUUAGUUUCGGUCUCUGUUAUCUCUGUCCGGAAUGGAAACAGCAAAGCCAUUAAGAAGAGUGUUCCGAAUGAAAGUAAAGCAAGCAUCUUUGCUAUGGCUUGAGGGUUUUCGAGAAGCUUGUUGCCUGCACAGAGUAGUUAUUCUUUGUCUCAGGUCAAGAAAGCUUUUGAUUAGAACAGGGCAGUGUUUUCUCUUGAAUGGCUUCUUUUUCUUGGGAAGUAUUUUUGUCCUGAACUCAGUCGUCAUCCCAACAUUACAAUGGAUACUACCUGAUCAGUAUUCAGAUAUUAGUUCUCAAGAGCCAUGCACAUUCAGCAGUAUUUUAAAACUUUAUUCUUUUUUACGCGUUGUACUCAUACAACUCUUUUAUGUGUUUUGGUUCUACCCAUUAUAUAUAUUUAGCUUUAUUCUGAGCACUAUCUGGUACAAUGAAAUUGCUAAGUUUGGUUUUGCUGCAAUGGGAAGAGAUGAACGUAUCGUAUUGGAACCCUUAAGCCAGGAUGAUCCAACAACAACCUCAGACAACUCAGGUUCAACAGAAAAGCCUGCUGGUCUAGGAGGGGUUAUGAUUGGAAUUGGGGAGCAGUUGUAUUCUAUAUUGCUUUUGAGCUUCUUCUUUCUAGAGGUUUAUGCUACAGGAUUCAUACCAUAUAUAGGGAAGGCACUCAAUUUUGUACUUCUUUCCUGGAUGUAUGCUUAUUACUGUUUUGAGUACAAGUGGAAUUUGUCUGAAGUGGCACUGGACAGACGGCUGGACUUCUUUGAAUCUAACUGGGCUUUUUUUGCUGGUUUUGGAAGCCCUUGUGUUCUGGCUAUUUUCUUCUUUUCUCCUCUUGUGAGCUACGGUGUCAUGGCUGUUCUUUUCCCGCUGUUUGUUUUGACUGCAACAAGCUCAGGAGCCGAGCAACUCGUCUCCUCUCAAAGAAGAAAAUGGAAAGGUGCAGGGUUGGGAAGGCUUCCAAUAUUUUAUGCAGCAGAUACAUUAUCGAUGUGGAUCUUAUCUCUCAUCCCUUUAGAAUCACAUGAGCAAAUGCAAGACAACAAGGAACUCUAAGGUCCGACUUGAUUCUUACACCAUGUGAAAAAUUAUGCACAUACAGUACAAGCAGUUUAGCCAAGCAAACAUGCUCGACAUAUUAGAGAAAUGAAAUGCAAAGUCUCAUGGUAAAGCAUGCCUCCCAUUGUGUCAAAGGAAUCAUGGUGUACCUCGUGUAGAUAGAAAAUCAGGUGUCACUUGAGUAUCUGUACAGCAUGUUUCAUUUAACUCUUGAAGGAAGUAUGUAGAGUCACUGCACCAUGAAAACUAUAUCUAUAUAUGUAUAUACACUCAGACUGAUCAAAUUUGGGAAAUUGUCGUUGAACAGAAUGUCUCCAUAAUUCUGUCAAUAAACAGUAAAGAGGAGUUCUCUCUUUUCCUCUUGA